GGUAACACCCACUGUGGCACACAGAACAGGCAGGAUAGGAGAAGUCUAGAUAUGGACGUCCUGCGGCGCCCCAACAGGGCAACAAGGUUCUGUUUCCUUGGUCUGCUUGUGGUAGGUGCUCUCGGUCUGGUCAGCAUAUAUGUUGUCUCAAUCAAUUCCCCCAGAGGACUCCAGAGGUUCUGGUGGGGAGACUUUGAAAUUACACAUUAUUGGACUGUAUGGACAAAUAGAACCAUCGGGUUCCAGGGGGCGAGGUCUAGAACAACCAAUCAGAGCCAACCGGUGCUCCCAAGCGUAAUUCCUACGCCCAAUCCGGAUCUAGAGAGCAAUUUCAGUACCACACUUUACACCAACAGCUACCAUUUCAUCUGCCCACGCAACUACCGCUUCAUCAUGGACGAGCCAGGCGUGUGUGAGACCAAGUCCCCUUUUCUGGUACUCAUGGUUCCGGUGGCGCCCCACAACCUGGCUGCCCGGGACGCCAUCCGGAGGACGUGGGGGAACGAGACGCUGGUCCGGGGCCAGCUGGUGCUGACCCUCUUCCUGCUCGGCCUCCCUGGGGGCUCGGACGCUGAGCAGCAGCUGGAGAACGUCAGGCAGGAGAGCCGGACGCACCGCGACCUGAUCCAGAGCGACUUCAUGGACAGCUACAUCAACCUGACCAUCAAGACCAUGGUGAUCAUGGACUGGCUCGCCACCCGCUGCCCCGGCGCCUCCUACGCCAUGAAGAUCGACUCGGACAUGUUCCUGAACGUCCAGAACCUGGUGGCGAUGCUGCAGACGCCGGGCAUCCCCAAGGAGAGCUACCUGACGGGGAUGCUGAUGUGGGACAGGCCGGUCGUCCGCGACCCCGGCUCCAAAUGGUACGUCCCGGAGGACAUGUACCCCUACUCCACCUACCCCACCUACACGCUCGGCAUGGGCUACGUGUUCUCCAACGACCUCCCGGGGAAGCUGGUGGAGGUCUCCAAGGACGUCCAGCCCUUUAACAUCGAGGACGCCUACGUGGGCGCGUGUUUGAAGAAGCUAGGACUCGGGCCCACUAGCCCUCCCGAUCCAUCUCGAUGGAAGGCCUACCUUCACACGUACAAUCGCUGUGAGUUUUCCUCGGUCAUCACCUAUAUUCUGGGCGGGUCUACGCAGCUGGUGGAGUACUGGACUGAUUUGCAUAGACCUGAACCUCCCUGUAACCCAACGUUGAACUGAAGGAGGAAAAUGGAUGGAUGGUGGCGAUGAUAUGCUAGAAAGGUCGACAAUUUGUGUGUCGAUUAAGGACUUUUCGUUAAAUUGAGAUGCAGUUUGCUCCUACAUAUAUGAUAUUUAUUUUAUUUAACUAUCAGAGCGUUUAAUGUAUUGAUUGGUGAAGUUUAUUUCAUCACAAAUGACAAGUCCUUCUCAAAACCUUUACCUACCCUGCCGUACGGAUUUGUCACAACAGGGUCAAACCUCACCACCUCUGAUGAUUUGCAUAUCCCAGAUUUAAGGAGUAACUACACACCCCAAUUUCACACUCAGUCUGUGUCGCGGCUCAGGCCAAGACCUAAAUGCAGACAGCAGAGGCAGGUAUAAUAGUUUAAUUUUAUUAAUCCAAAAUCGUCAGGCUGACUAAAGUGAUGGAUAGGCAAGGUUCGGUACACAGUGGAUCCUUGGGGGGGGGGGACAGGUUGCACAGGUGAAUAGAAUUAGGGUGUGACAGUCUGCCACUUGUACAAAUUCCACAAUCGAGAUCCGUGAACAAAGCCAGUUACCAAACACAACCCCUCCCUUCGACUACUUUGGAAAGGCUCUCAAGUUUCUUCCAAAGUUUUAAAAGUUUUUGGGGUAUUUAGUUCCUCAUCAAGCUUGACUUCAACCCUAGCUACCCCACCCUCACUACACCCCCAUCCCUGCUCCUCUCCUCGCUCAACAAAUCAGAUUAAAAACGAUAAAGUUG